GGGCAGUAGGCGAGUUGGGUGGGCCUGGUGGCGGAGGCGGCUCUCGGGUUUGGGGUCGCUUCGGGCGCCUGUCCCAGGCUCUUCUGUCCAGGAUGGACCCCGAGGAGGAGGCAGCAGCUGUGACGAUGGCCGUGGGACCGCCAGCGGCCCGGCUUCAGGAGCCAGUGACCUUUCGGGAUGUGGCCGUGGACUUCACCCGGGAGGAGUGGGGGCAGCUGGACCCUGCCCAGAGGACCCUGUACCGUGACGUGAUGCUGGAGACUUUCGGGCACUUAGUUGACGUGGGGCCUGAGCUUCCCAAACCUGAUGUCAUCUCCCAGUUGGAGCAGGGGGCUGAGCUGUGGGUGGCGGAGAGAGGACUUGCCCAAGGCUGCUGUCCAGGCUGGGAGACUAGAGCUGAAGGCCAAGCAUCAUCCAAGGGGCAGGGUCUUCCUGAAGAGAAGCCACCCUGUGUCAUGGAAAGGGAAGGAUUCCCAAGGGGUGCUCUUUGGCCUGCCACAUUAGGGGAGAAGUGGGCCUGUGAGGGCCAGUCAGAGGGGCUCAAGAAGGACCAGGAUGAUCUGAAGCAACUGGAAUUUGGCCUUAAAGAAGCUCCAACUCAAGAUAGAGGCAGUGAAAGUCUCAGACUUGGGCAAAACUGUAUCCUGAGUUCAGGCCUAAAUCCAUUACAGGAGAUUCCUCGGGGAAAGCAUUUCUCUAAUUAUGACUCACAGGUUAAAAGCUUGGAGCAUAACUCAAGCUUAAUUAAUCAACAGACAGGCUCUUCUGGAAAACAGCCCUUUGGAAACAGUGACUGCAGCAAGUCUUUCAGUCAGGGUGUUGAAGUUAUGCAACUUGGAAAAAUUCAGAUACAGGAUAAACCCUACAAAUGUACUGACUGUGGUAAAUCUUUUAACCAUAACGCGCACCUCACGGUACAUAAGAGGAUCCAUACAGGAGAGAGACCUUAUAUGUGCAAGGAGUGUGGGAAAGCCUUCAGCCAGAACUCAUCCCUUGUCCAACAUGAGCGAAUCCACACAGGAGACAAGCCCUAUAAAUGUGCCGAGUGUGGGAAAUCUUUCUGCCACAGUACACACCUCACCGUGCAUCGGAGAAUUCACACUGGAGAGAAGCCCUAUGAGUGCCAGUACUGUGGGAGAGCCUUCAACCAGAAUUCAUCCCUUGGCCGGCACAAGAGAACACACACUGGGGAGAAGCCCUACACUUGCAGUGUGUGUGGGAAAUCCUUUUCGCGGACCACGUGCCUCUUUCUGCAUCUGAGAACUCACACAGAGGAGAGGCCCUAUGAGUGUAAUCACUGUGGGAAAGGCUUCCGGCACAGCUCCUCCCUGGCCCAGCAUCAGAGGAAGCAUGUUGGGGAGAAGCCUUAUGAAUGCCGGCAGCGGCUAAUCUUUGAGCAGACGGCAGCUUUAGUGAAGCAAGAAUGGUCGGAAGCCCUUGGCUGCAGCCCACCUCUGAGUCAGGAUGUCCGGGAUGACAGGCCUUUUAAAUGUAGUCAGUGUGGGAAGUGUUUCAUUCAGAGCUCACACCUCAUCCGGCAUCAGAUAACUCACACCAGAGAGGGUCCCAGAGGACGUAACCGACGUGAGCCAACCUGUAGCCGGAGCUCACACCGCAUCCGACAUCAGUACACGCAUUCAGUAGAGAACACAGGGGGUGGAACAAAGGCAAGACAGCCUGCAAGCAGGGCUCUUGCCUUGUUUGACAUCCACGAAAUCAUGCAAGAGAAAAAUCCUGUGCACGUUAUUGGUGUGGAAGAGCCUUCUGUUGGCACUUCUGUCCUAUUUGACAUCAAAGAAUCCACUUAGGAGGGAAACCCUACAGAUGAGUUUUGAACCACAAGUAUAACAAUGUGUAGCACAUCAGAUCCAGCAGGGAAUUAAUGAAUACUCUCCAUAAUCAAGAAAUUCUUACUCCAAACAUGCAAAGAUGGUCCGGCAUUAAGAAACCACUCAGAAACUUUGCAGUAACAGGUUAAAGAAAAAAUCCCAUGAUCAUCUCAUGUCAACAGAAGCCAGAAAAACAUUUAAUGAAAUUCAGUAUCAUUGUUCAAAGAGACUCACAAUAAAUAAGGAGUAGAAGAAAACUAAUUGCGGAUUUCUGAAACUAGCAGGAAAACCGUUCUUCAAAGGAAUGACUACAGAUGUUCUCCUUAAAGUUGGGAACAAUGCAGUGUUCCUCUCGGCACAGCUUUGAUUCAGUACUUCGUGAAACGUGCCAGGGAAGUCCUCCUUCAUCUAUGUCCUGCCUCCGCUGAAGUCCGGGAUGGCCAUGUGGCUUGCUCUGGCCAAUCAUAUCAGCAGAAGGGACCUGUGUCACUUCUGGGUAGAAUAAGAGCCAGUGUGUGAGCUGCCAUGUCCCUGUGUCACUGCCUCAGAGGCCGUGAAAGCACAUGUGGAGGGGAACUGAGUGACUCGUGAACAGAGCCUCCCUGCCUGCCUGGGAUAGACAGGCAGCAUGAGGGAGAAAUAAACUUCUUGUGUCUGAGGUUUCGGGGGUGGGUUACUGCAGUGCAAUGUGACCUGAACUCACCAACACUGAUCCGUUAUUAUCCCAUUUCAUGGAUGAUGAAAUAGAGGCCCAGAGAGAUGAAGUGGCUUGCCACAAUGCUGAGGUAAGUGGCCCAGCCAGGAUUUGAACCUGGGCGUUAUGAUAUCAGAGCCCUGCUUUUGACCAUUCCUCUUUGCUGCCCCACAGGUAUGUUGGGUGCAGAUUCGGGAAUACAGACACUAAAGCUCUGUCUGACUUGCCUGUAUCCUCUGGGGAGAGGGAGACCCAGCAGUAAUAAUCACAGUUUUGGACAACUCUGGAGGCUGGACCUGUGAUCGGCUGGUUCCCUCCACCUCUGCCCACGAAAAUAACAGAUCUUAAGGUGUCUUGUUUUCUCAGUUCUCAGAGUGGACACUGGGAUGGUUAAUGUGGCCUCACUUGGUAAACCUGAAACAAACACGUCCACUAUCAGCGCUCACAUAAUUCCCUUCUCCCGGCAGAUGAAAGGAAUAGGUAACUGAUUUUUGGAAAUUUUCUGUUUCUCAUUUCAGUUUAUGCUUUCUAGGAGUAAUACUUCUUCCACUAUCGUACUGAUUUCCUUGUAGACAUUUUGAAACAGAGCCAGUCAAGAAACUCAAGAAAUUAGUAUAAAUUUGGGAAAAUGCAUGGUUUGAUCUGUUUAUAAAAUUAAUGUUCUUUGUAGAAAAACCUGAAAAAUACACAAAAGUAUGAAAAUUUAUUUAAAAUUUAAUUCCCCAUAUAUCCACCAGAGAUGGUCGUUACUAUUAAGAUUUUGCUAAUUUUCCUUGAAAUUUUUUCUUAAAAUAUACAUGAAUAUGUACACACAAAUAUUCAUAGUGUACAUUAAGUCUUAUACACACACAUAUAUUCAUAUAGUUUUCUUCUGAAAAUUAGAUUUCUAGUGCUCCUGUAACAAGUGCUUCUUACCAUAUCUUGAGAAUUUGCCCCUGACAAUGAAUUUCGUGUAUCUUUUUUAAUGAACUUUCAGGAGGAUUGUAGCAAUAUGCCCUCCACUCAAUAUUUUACCAGCCUUGAGUGUUUAAAAAAAAAAAAAGAGAACAUUAUUUCAGGAUGGAGUAUGAACUGAUACAGCCUCUAUGGGGGCAGUUUGGUAAUCAAUAUCAAAAUUACUAAUGGACAAACCCCUGUCCCAGUGUUCCAGCAAACCCACUGCUGGGAAUGAAUCCUACAGAUGUAUUUAUACACAUUUAAAUCAUGUUCAUAACAUGGUUUUUGUCAUGGUAUUGAUUUUAAAAGUAAAACACUGAAAAAAUAACCUUAACAUCCACCAUGGGGAACUGGGUAAUUUUGAUGCAAUGGAGAACUACAUGGCCUUAAAAGUGGGAACUGUCUUUAUGUACUAAUGUGGGAAAGCACUCAGUGAUUCCUUAAAUAAAAAAAGCAAGGUGCGAAACAGUGUAUAGUAUUUUCCAUUUGUGUAAAGAGUAUAUACACACAUAUAUACAUUUAUAUUUAUUUUCUCACUUUUAUACACACCUAUCACUGGAAAUAUACAAAGUAACCAGGUACAAGUUAGUUGCCCUUGGGGAGGGGAGAGUUGGGGGGACUGGAGAACAGGUGAGAAAUAGUUUUCACAAUACAUCUUUCAUACCUUUGUACUUUUGAAAUGUAAAGUAUUACCAAUAUACAAGUUAAAUUAAAAAAUUGUA